GUGCAAAGUAUUGUGUGCUUGCUUACAUCAGCAAUUGUGCCCAAAUUGGAUGGAUUUGAUGGGUGGAUUUGCUUUUGGGGCUCUCAGGGAAGCAUUUUCCAGUAAGCAGUCCACGGAGGAGAUGGGUUGUGAGAGGUGCUGCUACAGCACUCAUGGGACAGCAGAUGACUCCAAUCCCUCAAAACUUCCAUGGAAGUUGUCUGACUGAUACCUCAUCAGUUGGAACCAAGAGCAUUCAAACGGGAUUAGUAAUAAUACAGAUAAAGAAGCUCCAGGCCUAUUCCAAACCUAAAAACUAAGCUGUGGGGAUGUCUGUGAAGUGAACCAAGUCCAAAGCAUAAGGUCAAGAGAUGGUUGGAGGCUGCGACAUCGGCCCUCUAGUGUUUAUCCCCGAGCUUCUGUUCAGCUGAGAGAUGCUUAGUUCCCUGCCUCUUCCCUCCAGCCCAGCCUUCUGUUUGUGACAUGCUCUUGCUUUCCCAUUGAAGGCUACCUGGGCUUCUAGCUCCAUUAUAUUACAUAAGAGAGAGAGAGAAGAGUGAGGAACGGAUGAAUAAAUAUAUGAACUUAUGCUACAGGAGACAGAGUUGGAAAUGAUGCGUAAUGACUGAUGCUCCACAGAAGUUUACGAGGCAAAUUGUUCAAAAGGCAAAGAGUGCCCCCUCCCUGGCCCAGAACACAAGCAGAGAGAAACAGUGAUCUAUUCUCAACUGCUGAUCUCUGUGCUACAGUGGGCUAGUUACUUCUUGUUUGGUCUCAAGGUCUUGUGCCCUGGGCUAGAAGAUCCAAGGCUACAAUGGAAGAGAAUGUAUUCAGUGUGCAGCAGAUACAGCCCAACGUCAUUUCAGUGAGACUGUUCAAGCGCAAGGUUGGGGGCCUUGGAUUUCUGGUGAAGGAGCGUGUCAGCAAGCCGCCUGUGAUCAUCUCUGAUCUAAUCCGGGGAGGGGCAGCUGAGCAAAGUGGCCUCAUCCAGGCAGGGGACAUUAUCCUGGCUGUCAAUGGCAGGCCCCUGGUGGACAUGAACUAUGAGAGUGCCCUGGAGAUCCUGAGGAGCAUAGCCUCUGAGACCUAUGUGGUUCUCAUUUUGAGGGGCCCUGAGGGCUUCACCACUCACCUGGAGACCACCUUUACUGGUGAUGGAACACCAAAAACCAUUAGAGUAACUAGACCCCUGUGCCCAAGUGCAAAGGCAGUUGACUUGUCCACUCCAAGCAUACACAGCAAAGAGCAGCAGCAAGGAACAGACCACACCAUGGGCUCCAUUAGUUCAACCUGGGCCAGAGAGAGCAGACAAGAAACAGAGCCUGUGCACCUCAAUGGUGUGGUUGCCAGCACCAAAGGUGAGGACUCUUUGACUGGAAAGCAUGAUGCCAGUGCCAAUCCUUGCCUGAAUGGUGGGAUUGAAAACAAUAAACUGCUGAAAGAAAUAGAGCCAGUCCUGGACCUCCUGAAGAGCAGCAGUAAGGAACUCAAUGGAGAGGCGCCCUCCAAGACAGACACAAGAGAUGUAGAAAUCCAGGUGGACUGUUGCAGGGAAGCAGAUAACAAGUCCCAGAAGCCCUUAUCAUCUGGAAUGGAGAAUGACAGAGUUUUCAAUGACCUCUGGGGCAAGAACAACAUGCCUGUCGUCCUUAACAAUCCCUACUCGGAAAAGGAACAGCCACCGCCCUCUGGGAGACAGUCUCCAACAAAAAAUGUGGUGAAUGGAAGCCCUUCCAAGUGCCCAAGGUUUGUUAAAAUCAAGAACUGGGAGUCGGGUUCAGUGCUUCAUGAUACUUUGCAUCUAAAAACAGCAAUGGCCACUGCGUGUACAGAGCAGGUCUGCAUGGGCUCAAUAAUGACACCUUCCCAGCAUAUCCGGAAGCAGGAAGAUACCAGGACAAAAGAGGAGCUGCUUCUCUUGGCUAAGGAUUUCAUUGAUCAAUACUAUUCCUCCAUAAAGAGGUUUGGCUCCAAGGCUCACAUGGAAAGACUGGAGGAAGUGACCAAGGAGAUUGAAGCCACAGAAACCUAUCAGCUGCGGGACACAGAGCUGAUCUAUGGAGCAAAGCAUGCCUGGCGGAAUGCAUCACGCUGUGUGGGCAGGAUUCAGUGGUCCAAGCUGCAGGUGUUUGAUGCCCGAGACUGUACCACAGCCCAUGGGAUGUUCAAUUACAUGUGCAACCACAUCAAAUAUGCCACCAACAAAGGGAACCUCAGGUCUGCUAUCACUAUAUUCCCCCAAAGGACAGAUGGAAAGCAUGACUUCAGAAUCUGGAAUGCCCAGCUCAUCCGCUAUGCUGGUUACAAGCAGCCAGAUGGUACCAUUCUUGGAGACCCGGCUAAUGUGGAGCUGACAGAGAUCUGCAUCCAGCAAGGGUGGAAGGCACCCAGGGGUCGCUUUGAUGUGCUGCCACUCCUUCUCCAAGCCAAUGGCAAUGAUCCAGAACUCUUUGAGAUCCCCCCUGAGCUGGUGUUGGAAGUACCCAUCAGACAUCCUAAGUUUGAGUGGUUCAAGGACCUGGGACUGAAGUGGUACGGUUUGCCAGCAGUUUCUAACAUGCUACUAGAGAUUGGAGGCUUGGAGUUCUCUGCCUGCCCUUUCAGCGGCUGGUACAUGGGCACCGAGAUCGGGGUCAGAGAUUACUGUGAUAACUCUCGCUACAACAUGCUGGAGGAGGUAGCUAAAAAGAUGAACUUAGAUAUGAGGAAAACCUCCUCACUGUGGAAGGACCAAGCACUGGUGGAGAUCAACAUAGCUGUUCUGUACAGCUUUCAGAGCGACAAGGUGACUAUUGUGGAUCAUCACUCAGCCACAGAGUCUUUCAUCAAGCACAUGGAGAAUGAGUACCGCUGCCGUGGGGGCUGUCCUGCUGACUGGGUAUGGAUUGUCCCACCAAUGUCUGGCAGUGUCACUCCAGUCUUCCACCAGGAAAUGCUCAACUAUCGUCUCACACCCUCCUUUGAGUACCAGCCUGACCCUUGGAAUACUCAUAUCUGGAAAGGGGUCAAUGGGACCCCUACCAAGAAGAGAGCCAUUGGGUUUAAAAAACUAGCAAAAGCCGUGAAGUUCUCUGCCAAGCUGAUGGGCCAGGCAAUGGCCAAAAGGGUCAAAGCAACCAUCUUGUAUGCUACAGAAACAGGGAAAUCGCAGGUCUAUGCAAAAACCUUAUGUGAAAUCUUCAAGCAUGCUUUUGAUGCCAAGGUGAUGUCCAUGGAUGAGUAUGACAUAGUCCACCUGGAGCAUGAAACCCUUGUCCUGGUGGUCACCAGUACAUUCGGCAAUGGAGACCCACCCGAGAAUGGGGAGAAAUUUGGCUGUGCACUGAUGGAAAUGAGGAACCCCAACUCCAACCUGGAAGAGAGGAAGAGCUACAAGGUCCGUUUUAACAGUGUCUCAUCUUCCUCGGAUGUGCGGAAAUCUUCAAGUGAUGGGCCUGAUGCCAGGGACAACUUUGAGAGCACAGGGCCUCUGGCUAAUGUCAGAUUCUCUGUGUUUGGCCUGGGGUCGCGGGCCUACCCCCACUUCUGCGCCUUCGCUCGUGCUGUGGACACCCUUUUGGAGGAGCUAGGAGGGGAGCGGAUCCUCCGGAUGGGAGAGGGGGAUGAGCUUUGUGGCCAGGAGGAGUCUUUCAGGACCUGGGCCAAAAAGGUCUUCAAGGCAGCGUGUGAUGUGUUCUGUGUGGGAGACGACGUGAACAUUGAGAAGGCCAACAACUCCCUUAUCAGCAAUGACCGCAGCUGGAAGAGGAGCAAGUUCCGUCUGACCUACGUGGCUGAGGCCCCUGAGCUCACACAAGGUCUGUACAGUAUUCAUAAAAAGCGAGUCUAUGCAGCCCGGCUUCUAACUCGCCAGAAUCUGCAGAGUCCCAAAUCCAGUCGGUCAACAAUUUUCCUGAGACUUCACACCAACGGACACCAGGAAUUGCAGUACCUCCCUGGAGACCACCUGGGAGUAUUUCCAGGCAACCAUGAGGACUUGGUCAAUGUCCUGAUUGAAAGACUAGAGGAUGCACCCCCAACCAACCAACUGGUGAAAGUGGAGCUCUUGGAGGAGAGGAGCACAGCUCUAGGUGUCAUCAGUAACUGGACAGACGAGAACCGCAUCCCUCCAUGCACCAUCUUCCAUGCGUUUAAGUACUAUCUGGACAUUACCACACCUCCCACACCCCUGCUGCUGCAACAGUUUGCCUUACUGGCCACCAGUGACAGAGAGAAGAAAUGUCUGCAGGUCCUCAGCAAGGGUUUGCAGGAAUAUGAGGAAUGGAAGUGGUCCAAAAACCCCACUAUAGUAGAGGUGCUGGAGGAGUUCCCAUCCGUGCAGAUGCCCUCCACCUUGCUGCUCACCCAGCUCCCCCUGCUGCAGCCUCGCUAUUACUCGAUCAGCUCCUCCCCUGACAUGUACCCAGACGAGGUUCACCUCACUGUGGCUGUGGUCUCAUACCGCACUAGAGAUGGGGAAGGACCAAUACACCAUGGGGUCUGUUCCUCUUGGUUCAACCGGAUACAGCCUGAUGAGGUUGUGCCCUGUUUUGUAAGAGGAGCUCCAGGAUUCCAUUUGCCACAAAAUCCCCAAGUCCCCUGCAUCCUGAUUGGCCCCGGUACUGGAAUUGCCCCUUUCCGGAGUUUCUGGCAGCAGCGGCUCUUUGAAAUCCAACACAAAGAUCUGAAGCCUUGUCCUAUGAUUUUGGUUUUUGGGUGCCGACAGUCCAAAAUUGACCACAUUUACAGGGAGGAGACCCUCCUAGCCAAAAACAAAGGUGUCUUCAAAGAGCUGUACACAGCCUAUUCCCGUGAACCAGACAAACCAAAGAAAUACGUGCAAGACGUACUACAGGAGCAGCUGGCCCAGGCUGUGUACAAAGCACUGAAGGAGCAGGGAGGUCACAUCUACGUGUGUGGCGAUGUCACCAUGGCUGGAGACGUCCUCAAGACCAUCCAGUGUAUUAUGAGGCAGCAGGGCCAACUGUCAGUGGAGGAAGCUGGUGUUUUCAUUAGCAGGCUGCGGGAUGACAACCGAUAUCACGAGGAUAUUUUUGGAGUCACCCUGCGUACAUAUGAAGUGACUAACCGCCUUAGAUCUGAGUCGAUUGCGUUCAUUGAGGAGAGCAAAAAGGACACGGAUGAGGUUUUCUGCUCAUAACUGGAUCCCAUUGCCCCAGAUGGAAUGCCAAACCAGUCACAGCAGCAGCCACCCCCCUCCAGCUGGAGGGUGCUGGGUUUUGUAUUUUCACGGACACGGCAGCUCCUUUUCUGCGGGGACUGCCCAUGGAACGUGCUCUGUCUCUUGUCCUGUUGUUGUGUCCUGAUGAUGAUGAUGAUGAUUUUCCUUCUCUCUCUCUCUCUCUCUCUCUCUCUCUUGUCCUGUGGCAGUUUCUUUUAACUUGUUUCCCUCCCUGGAGUUCCCUGCUGAAGUGCGAUGGCUUUAUAAUCUGCAGUGGCUCUUACGAAACUAUGUUUCUUCUUCUUCUCACGUUCUGACAAGGGCGUUUUGCUGCUGCAUGAAAUCACCACCUUAGCAAUCAUCUGCAUUUUUUGGUGUUUCAGGAAGAGGGAAGGGCCAGGUGCCUGGGCCUGGGAGCUGGCAGUUCCUGAUUAAAGCAGCGAGGAGUGGAAAGAAGCUGUUUCCCCAAGACCCCUUCCCCCUGCACAACUAGGACCUUGGCUGAAUCACUGCAUCGUCCUUGCUUUCCAUUAGACCAUAUGGGCCUGGCCCUCUGCCGAAGCUGAGCACAGAGGACGCACAGUGCCUGCCAUGUCAAUGGACCUUGCUGUCCUCUCCAGAAAGCCUGGAAACACCAAAGCUUUGUUCUGUUUAAGGGGAGGGGUUUGUCUGCAUUUAAUAGAUACUGGAUUCACCUAAGACAGCUCUGUGAUAUAUUCUAAUUACACCAUCGCUUCCCCUCCCCUGGCUUCACUCCCCCUGCAGCUCUUCCCUUAGUCCUCCUCUGCCCCCAGUGAAGGGGCACCUUUACCUCCCUGCUGGAUGAAGGUCAUGGGGCAUGUGCAAGCAUAGCACACCGCGGCCUAUGGAGUUGUCUGCAGCUGGGCAGCGUGUGGGUGGCAUCAGAUUGGUUCCAGGGAAGCCCAGGCCCUGCCCAUUCUGCCAAGCUGCCUUCAGAACCUGCCAGGCAGGCGAUAGGGGCUGAAGGUUAAAUGUGGCCAGAAAGCAGGAGAGGGCGACAGGCUUGCUGAGAUCCCUGCAGGAAGGUUCUGAGCCAGAGAUUGUCUGUCAUGGAGCUGCGCUGAGCUGAGGUUCACACUGGACCCAGGAGCCCUCUUCAGCAGGGUGAGGGGAAAUGUAAAGCAAGAAGACUGAAAGGGGAAGCCCCAUAUGCCCAGCUCUAGGGGCAUCUGCCAACAGUAAAGGCUGAUGGGAAGCCAGCAGGUAGCUUGUUCCCCCAGGCUAUAUUGCAUGAAGUCUGCUAAAGCUAUAUAAUGCAUUCCUGACCCCAGCUGCCAGGUUCUUUGGGAGCCCCAUUUAAAUGAGCAAGAGAGGCUCUUGGGGCUUUAAAGGAGGGUAGUUCCAUCUCAUUGCGAUUGUGUGACCUGUCCUUUCCCAGCACCCUCCCUUCACCCUUCCAGGAGCUCUGAAGUGCUCAUGGCACAAGGCUGACUGCAGUGGAUGCCUCCACUUGGCCAAAAAAAAUAUUCUGCCUGCUAUAAUCCCAUUCCUGAACUGCAUGGGGCAUUUCUGCCAGGAGGUGUAGCAGGGGAUGUAGACCAAGCUCAGGGACUGAUGCAAUGAUCCUGAGCUCUGAAAUGCUGCCAACUCAGGCUCAGUGCAAAAAGCCAGCCGCCCAAGUAACCUAUGAAGGGAUGCAAAGGGGUCAUCAGCACCUUUUUGGCCAGGCAUCUCAAGCUGGUGCACAGUCCAUCUCUCUCCUUCCUCUUUUGGGAAUGAAAACAUCUCCUUGCCCCUCUCUUUCUCCAGCUGCCAGAUUCCUUGGGCAUGGGGAAUGCUCGGUAUCCGCUCCACCAUGCUCUACCCUACUACCCUGCAGGCAGCAGAGGGAGGCUGCUGUUUUCAGGUAGCUUUUGCUGUCCUUCCUUCCUGGGAACUCACAGUACUGGACCACUUCCCAGUGUCAGCAUGUGUUAUCACCAGAACAGGGAGCUGCAAGGAAGAGGGCUUUAACAGCUGUAACAAAUUGUUUUGGCUUCAGAGACCAGGAUCUGCCAUACACUCCCCCAAGCUGCACUUCUAACAAAGCAAGCCCCUCCAGAUUUGAAACUUCCCCUGCCCAAAUGCAGCUUGGUUGUUCUAGUUCAGGUCACAUUCAUUGACCUCUGAUUAUGCGGUGCCCACAGAAGUUUGAUUUUGCUGCCAGUCUUUCCUUUAUGCCUAGUCACUAGAGUGCACUGUCCUCUCCCAUAACAGGAUCUCUUCCUCAACUCUAGAUGUGUCCUAGAAACAAAGCUUGGGCCAAAAGCCUCCAAGGCUUUGGGAAAGUUUGCAUCCAGGUCUGAAUUUGAUUGUUCAGAUCCAUCUCUUAGCCGGACGUCUGUUGCUGGUGUGUGUGGCUGCUGCCACCUUGUGGUAAUUCACAAGCUCUCUGAACCGGACAGCUGGCCAAAUUUGUUGCCUCGUGGGAUGAACAAAGCCCCCCAUCCACACUAUAGCUGGUGUUUUGUAACCAUUUACAACUGAUUUACAACAGGGACUGCAUCUGUCUCUGUACACUGUCUUGGUGGGUUUCAGGAGUAUCUGGCAUCUAUCCCACAGUGCCUCUUCAGAGGCUACAUGCCAUAGGGGAUUUGCACACAGAGCAGUUGGUGGAGCAGUAAAUUCUGGGAUUUUUCAGUGCCCAGAGAGCAGGGAAGGAAGGGGAAAAGCCAGACUUCUUAAGAUUUGAGGGGAGCUGGGGAUCCUGUCUGCUGUAGCAUCAACACUAUGCCAAACCAGUUCCAUCAACUUCAGCCUCUGGCAGGGUUGAGGCAGUUAGUCAUAGUGGUUGCUCCCCAUAUGGUGUGCCCACAUAGAGCAUGGCUUAGAGCCAGCAGAAGUGCUACUAACUAGUUAUAAACUCAGUUCAAAGUUGUUGCCCAAGUAGGGCUGUAGGCUCCAGCUUACAGCCAGUACAGUGAGCUCUCUCAUCAGGAGCGUAGGGACCCCACUCCACUAUUCCCUCAACAUGAGGCACAUGUCCUGGCCCCAGAGAAGUAGAGGGAAGGAGAAGGAAUGAGGAGUGUGAAAGAGGAGGUGCUGCAUUUGGUAGAGACAGAUUUGCAAAUCUGGGAGAUGAAUGCCCAAGUCCCUCAUGCCCCUUUGAAGAUGAGUCUUAGAGAGGAAAAUGCUGUGUAAAGUCCAGCCAGUUCUUAUUGGAUGCAUCUCAGAGACAGGACAGGCACUGAGGGAAGAAACCAGCGGUGACCGGAAACUCCAGCCAUUGCAGAAGGAAGUAUAUUAAAGAGCUCCUUCCCUCCAUCCAUCUUGUUUUGCCAGGAUCAUUAGCUCAUAAUGUCCUGAGCUGACUUGUUUCUUAACUGAGCCAGUUCCUUUUGCUUUUGUAGACAACUAGCUUUCCUCACUUGCCAGAGGUUUUGUACCCCCCUGAGGUUCCACUUCCUCCUAUGGCAAAGGGGACAUUAACCUGCAGAACGCCUGUAUCAUUCCAUAGUUACAGACCUUUCAGGAACAAGCCACACUGUUCAGCUUAGUGUAAAGCAUGCACAUGUGCUAUGUGCAUAGCACCUAAGCGGUGGACAUAGCCAUGGGGUCAGGUAAAGAGCCGAACUCUAUGUAUAUUUUUGUUUUUGACUGUUCUGUCUGCAUUCAGGCCAUUACUUCCCCUCCUCCAUGGCUACUUCCCAUAUUCCAAACUUCUGAGCAGCUUCAAAUAUCUCCUGGGCUUGAUAGAUCCCUGGCGUGAUCUAGUAUGGUAACUCCAUGUACAACAUCUGUAAUGGGUGGUUUUGGUUUCAGAGACCAGGACCUGCCAUUGCUAUGAAUGUCAAAGCCUGCUGCGACCACCACCCAAACACAUCCCCAGCCCAUUUCUGAUUCCAAAGACUUAAAUAGCAAGGGAAUCCUUACUAGAGCUUAUCAAGAUUUAUUUUUCCAUUUUUUUUAAUUUCAAACUCAAUGCAUGAUGAGGAAAAACCCUGGGGAAUAUUACCCAGUGUUUUCCAGCAGGCUCUAUUCAUUAUCUUAAACUAAUGAGGCAUCAAUUCACCAGAACAAGCAUCUGAGUAUUCAGCCUCAGUUCAAUGAUCACAAAAGUUUGCCCCUCCCCCUCCCCCCACCCCAAUACAAGUUGUCUGGGAGUUUAUUAAGGGGAGAGGCAGUAUAUAUGCUAUUCUUUAUAUGGCUAUGCAGCAUCCCAAAUAGGGAGGGCAAACAACAAAAGCAGAUCUCUGUCCCAAAGAUUUAUGGUUGCAGCUGAGAGCAUGCAGAGGCAGAAGUUGAGGGAAGGAUGCAGCAGAAACAUUCUCUACUCAUAUCCUUUCUUUUAUUUUACUUCUAAAAUAUAUUCAAUAUUAAUAACACCCGUUCUCCAUUAUUCUACAACCUUAUUAUUGCACAUGAAACCCAAAGCCUAUGCCCAACAGUCCUUCCUGCAUUUCCCUGAAGAGAAUCCUGGCCUUUCCUUCCAACUCCAACCUGCCCAGGCCAAAAGGGGCAACAAGUACUUCAGCUAAGGUUGAUUUGUGUGACAACUUUGGAGCGUGAAGUGAUAGGAGGAUGCUACUCUCUGGAGUCUUAACUGUAGUUCCCUUCAGCUGUUCCCUGCUCAUGGAGAGUCAGGGGCA